UUUAAAUAUUUGAAUGAUAAAAACAUUAUCUGCUAUUUACUUAAAUGUAAACUAUGACCAUGUUGCCGUUUUACCUUUGAUAGUUUUCUAACAAUGGGGAAGUAAACCUAUUUUUAAUCACUGAUAGUGAUUGGAUAUUAUACCCAAAAUGGCCUUUUCUCAGUCUAUAGGGAAAGCACAAACUCCGGCUGUAUGUCAGUUCUGUGAGAUUUCACCAGAGAUUCUGUGGAAAUGUGUUAACUGUGAGCUAUUUCUAUGUAACCUGUGCUGUUCAAAGAUACACAAUAAAAGCAAGGCUUCUAUGGAACAUGAAAUAAUAAAUAUAAAAGAUAUUGAGACAAUGGAUUUUGCCAAAACAAUGCGUAAAGUGGACCUUCAAAAUAUGCAAUGUACAAUUCAUGGUAAAGAAAAAUGCUUUGUCUAUUGUAAAGACUGCAGCGAGCCCGCUUGUUCGAAAUGCACAAUUGAGGUCCAUCAAAAACAUGAAUACAAAGCCCUUGAUGAAGUUUAUGAAGGACUUCUUGCUGACAUAAACAAAGUAGAAGACACAAUUGAAUCCAAUCUCCAGUUUUUAAAAAAAGAAAAAAAUAACCUUUUAAAAAUACUAUCAGAUGGGGAUACGAAUUUCCAAGAAACAAGAGACAUAAUUCUGAAAACUGAGAAGGAAAUGAUAGAAGCUAUUUCAAAAUUUGCUGAAGACCUUUUACAAACACUUGAAAAAAAAUGGAAGUCUUCAGAAAAUAUGAUAAAAACUGAACUUUCUGCUAUGACAAAGAAAGAGGAUGAGUUGGAAACAAGGUUGAGCAAUAUAAAUCAAGCACUUCAGUCUCAUCAUGUGGCAGACAUUUUCUCUACAAGUAAAACCUUAGAUACGUCAUCGCCAAAGUAUUCAGUUAAACAAAUUAAACAAAAAAAUUCAAAGUUUAUUCCUAGCAAUCUGCAAGAGAAUAUAGGAAGUAAAAUGUUUGGUGAUCUUUAUACAGUUCCAGACUUUGAACUUAUUGACACUUAUCAAAGUGAUGUUGAAAAUGUGCCAUGUAUACUUUUAUCUAGUGACAAUGCUGCAUUUAUAGGAAGCUAUUAUAAUAAAAAGUUACUGAAAAUAAAAAUAGAAAAUCAUGAUAUCAAAUUAGAGAAAGAAGUUAUGACAGCAACCUUUGAUAUGUCAUGGACAGGGGAUGGAGAAAUACUUGUGUCAUGUGGAGAAAAUGGCCUCAAAUUUUACACCACAUAUGUUCAGUUAAAGUCAUUUCAGUCCUUUUCUCCACUUAAAACUUUAGGAGUUCAUGUCACUAGAGAUAAUAAGAUAAUUUUAGGUUUGACAGAAUCUUCUGGAUUACCUGUAACAAAAAACAGUAUCAGAAGAAUUGUGGUUAUGGCCCUCGAUGGUAACAUACAACAUACUAUUGAAUAUGAUAGGGAAAAUAAGAGACUGCUAUCAUAUCCUUAUAGAAUCAAUACUUUGAAUGAAAAGGUAGUAGUUGUAGAUCUUAUAAACAAAGAACAUGAAGGAAGGGUAGUAAUGUUAGAUUACAGGGGACAGCUCCAUUGGACCUACAAUGGCUGUAAUAGUAUUAAUUCUGACCAAGUUAAAUUCCAUCCAAGGGAUUUGGCAAUUACCUCUACAGACAUGAUUUUAGUGUCUGAUUCUUUGAAUCAUGCUAUACAUGUUUUAAAUCCUGAUGGGGAAGUUAUUGCAUAUAAGGAUGUUAAAAGUGUAGGAAUAGAAUCACCUUGGAGUCUUAGUAUUGACAAAAAAGAUGUUUUAUGGAUUGGGUGCAAUGCAUGGGAAAGUGACAAAAACAAGAAGGGUAAAAUACAUUGUGUUAAACUAAUAUGACUUAGACGUUAAAAAUAGACCAGACUUUAAAGCACUAAAGCUAUAAAACAUAUUUGUAUUUAAUCUAUAGGGAUCAGAAUAUAAUUAAAAAGAAGGAAAGUGACUACACUUCAGCCAUAGUAUUUUAUUGUUCACUUGUGUUAAUUACUACAAUUAAAAAUCACCCACAAAUAACUUCCCCAUAAUUUUUUUAUCAUUUUAGUUAUUGGUUCACAAAAAGAAGUUUAUGGACAAAAUUAAGAAUAUGAAACAAGGGAGAUCUUGGGUAUAUAUCAUUAGGAGGUCAGACAAUGACACAACAGGAUAUUUUGAGGCCAAUAUUAUCAGUUGUCUACAAUAACUUUUCAAUUUUAAAUUUUUUAAGGUGU